UGCCAUUGCAUUCACAUGCUGGAAAAAGUAAGUGUGAAAUAAUGAAAAACACAAAGUUUUUGACAAAAAUAGCAAGUCUAGCAGCAUCUAUAGAGGGAAAGCAGAGUUACGUUUCAAGUUCUGUUACACUUCUUCAGAACAGGGUUUUUUCAUGAAAAUAAGGUUUUUUUUGCUAGGAUAAACCUUUCGGGCUGAAUGGCCAGUUCCUGCACAGCUGGGGCGUUCUUGGGCGGAGUGAGAUGGCACACGCGCAGUACCCCGAUAGCCCUGCGGGGCGUGUCUCAAAAACGUCACUGCAACCGCUCGUCAUCCGGGUAACCUGGCGGGAGCGUCGGAAGGAACUACAUCUUCCAGAAGGUUUAGCGGCACCUUGCAUUGCUGUGGGAGGAGCGGAUCCUUCCAUCCGGGUUACCCGUUGGGAACUACAAUCCCCAGAGCGCACCGCCGGAGCUGCCCAAGAUGGAGGAGGUGCGGUUGGUUGUUCGUUGAAGGAAAAUAUUUCGUGAGGCUCAGGGUAGGGAGUACCGUCGGAGGCGGGGGAAAGAAGCGGUGCCUCGCCGGGACGGUGGAGGGUGCAGUGCUGAAGUUUGGGAAGAUGUCUAAUACUACUGAUGUCUGCCCUCACCUGGAUUCAGUAGGAGAAAUCACUAAAGAGGAGCUGUUACAGAAAUCAAAGGGUACAUGUCAGUCAUGUGGUGUUGGUGGACCAAAUCUGUGGGCUUGCCUUCAGAGUGGCUGCUCCUACAUAGGAUGUGGGGAGUCAUAUGUUGACCACAGCACAUCACAUUCACAGGCUAAGAAGCAUAACUUGACCGUGAACCUGACUACGUUCCGAGUAUGGUGUUAUGCUUGUGAGAAGGAAGUUUUCCUGGAACAACGAUCCAUUGCACCAAGCCCAGCAUUGUCAAGCAGAUCAACAGAGCAGGGCUCUGGCUUAUCGCUUGGCAACUAUCCAUUCAAAACUGUUCCCAUUGCUGUUGCAGAUGAGGGAGAAUCAGAAUCUGAGGAGGAUGAACUGAAACCAAGAGGGCUCACUGGCAUGAAGAACAUCGGAAACUCUUGCUACAUGAAUGCUGCUCUACAGGCUUUGUCCAACUGCCCACCACUCACCCAGUUCUUCUUGGAGUGUGUAGGUUUGGUUCGUACAGACAAAAAACCAGCUCUUUGUAAAAGCUACCAGAAACUUAUCUCUGAGCUUUGGCACAAAAAACGUCCUAGUUAUGUUGUUCCUACAAGCCUUGCCCAUGGCAUUAAGUUGAUUAAUCCAAUGUUUCGAGGCUACGCACAGCAGGACACACAGGAAUUCCUCCGCUGUUUGAUGGAUCAACUCCAUGAAGAACUUAAAGAGCCAUUGACUGAGCGAGACUCUGAUUGCUCAAGUGACACGGAUGAAAAGCGUGAUGGUGAUAGAAGCCCAUCGGAGGACGAAUUUCUGUCUUGCGAUUCCGGCGCGAGCAGUGACAAAGGAGAAGGAGAGAACAGAAGCAGAUGUGCUGCUGAGAAGCAGAUCGAGACUGAGCUCCUAAUUCAGGACGAAUGCGGGAAAGGAAUUUCAGAAAAGGAGAGGCAGAAGGACAGAAAAUUUUCAUAUGGGCACCACAGGUUGGGGACAGUGGAUGCAAUCGAUGAAGAUGCAGACGUGGACACAUCUCUGAGUUCUGGAGAUGCUGGAGGUUCUGGAGAUGCUCCCACUUCUAUGGCUUCCAACAGUACUUUCAGAACACCAGAACCUGACAAUGACGUAAACAUGCGUUGCACGUCACGGCCUUGCAGUCCCAUCCACCAGGAACUUCAUUCUAAUUUGUCCAGUAGCCCACCUCGAUCGAGUCCAAUGCGAGCGAUGUCAUCGUUUUCCCUCAAAAAAGCUCAACUUCUAUUAUCUGCCAAAAAGAAGAAACAGGCCAAGUACCGCAGUGUAAUUUCUGAUAUCUUUGAUGGGUCAAUUUUGAGCUUAGUCCAAUGUCUCACAUGUGAUCGAAUUUCUUCCACAGUGGAAACAUUUCAGGAUUUGUCAUUGCCAAUUCCUGGGAAGGAAGAUUUAGCUAAACUGCAUGCAUCCAUCCACCAAAAUGUACCUGUGAAAACGGGCACCUGCAGUGAUGCCUACAGUACACAAGGUUGGGUUGCGUUCAUUAUGGAUUAUAUUAGAAGGUUUGUCGUAUCCUGCAUCCCGAGCUGGUUCUGGGGUCCUGUAGUGACUUUAGAAGAUUGCUUAGCUGCCUUUUUUGCUGCUGAUGAGCUGAAAGGUGACAAUAUGUACAGUUGUGAGCGAUGUAAGAAGUUAAGGAAUGGAGUCAAGUAUUGCAAAGUCCUUAAGCUUCCAGAGAUCCUUUGUAUUCACUUGAAACGCUUUCGCCAUGAAGUGAUGUAUUCCUUUAAAGUAAAUAGUCACGUAUCUUUCCCAUUGGAAGGUCUUGACCUUCGACCAUUUCUUUCCAAGGAGAGCUCAUCUCAAAUCACAACCUAUGAUCUUUUGUCUGUUAUUUGUCAUCAUGGAACUGCAGGCAGUGGUCACUACAUUGCCUAUUGCCAGAAUGUAAUUAAUGGUCAGUGGUACGAGUUCGAUGAUCAGUAUGUCACAGAGGUCCAUGAAACAGUAGUACAGAAUGCUGAGGCUUAUGUACUUUUUUACAGGAAGAGCAGCGAAGAGGCAGUGCGGGAAAGACAAAAGGUUGUAGCUUUGGCCAGUGCAAAGGAACCCAGCCUCCUCCAAUUCUACAUUUCGAGAGAGUGGCUAAACAAGUUCAACACCUUCACAGAGCCAGGGCCAAUCACCAACCACACCUUCCUCUGUUUACAUGGAGGCAUUCCACCAAAUAAGUACCACUACAUUGAUGAUCUAGUGGUGAUUCUGCCUCAAAAUGUAUGGGAGUAUUUGUACAACAGGUUUGGAGGUGGCCCUGCUGUGAACCAUUUAUACAUCUGUUCCAUUUGCCAAGUAGAAAUUGAGGCAAUUGCUAAAAGGAGGAAAAUGGAAGUUGACACUUUUAUAAAGCUAAACAAAGCAUUCCAGGCUGAGGAAUCUCCCAGUGUUAUUUAUUGCAUAAGUAUGCAGUGGUUCCGAGAGUGGGAAGGUUUCGUUAAAGGCAAGGAUAAUGAGCCUCCAGGUCCAAUAGACAACAGCAAAAUUGCAAUCAUUAAGAGUGGCCAUGUCCAACUUAAACAAGGUGCAGAUUACGGUCAGAUAUCAGAGGAAACGUGGAACUAUCUGUUCACAAUUUAUGGUGGUGGACCAGAAAUUGCCAUGCGACAGAAUGUUGUUCAAGCUGACUUGGAUAGUCCACAGGGAGAACGGAAAAUAGAAGCGGAAACCCGAGCCAUGUGACCCUAGAUCUGUCAAAAAAAUUGGUUGAAAGGCUGUGAUCCUGAGAUCAAGGACAUGAGCACUGCAAUGUUUGCACCUGUGAUGAAUCUAUGUGAGCACUUUGUAAUUUAACUGUAGAAAUUCUUUUUUUUUAAGCUAUUUUAUUUCUUUCUGACUGAACGUAUGGCGAGAAAAAGAAGUGUGUUGCAUAAUGCCAUGCAUAGCAGAGCGCGCUGUGGAUACACUAAUGCUGUAUUUGGAAAAGUCUGACUAUAUUUCCUUUAAGUAGGGUCCACAUUUCUGUUUGUCCUAUGUGUAUGCAUAAAACACACCAAGCAGGUCUGUCAUUUGUAUAUCUUAACUCCAAGAGUGAUUUGGGCCUGCAAUAUCACGAUGAUGUACAUGCAUCAUGAUCUUAAGCUGGAGUGUUAAAUGAAGUCUUCACAAGUUGGUUUUUUUUUUUGGAGAGAGAAUUUCUCCCAGUGGUUCUGGUAGCAGUUUGGCUAUGUCAGCUGGGUACACUGGUCAAUGCUGUUGUUUUCUGACGUAAUCUAUGCAGCAGGUUAUUGAUCUUGGCACAUGUAAAUAUUUUUGUUUUGUUAUUCUUGAGCUCAUUAUGCUGUCUCAUCCUGUGCAUCAUUUCCCAUUUUGUGGGGUCAGGCAGGUUUUGAGUAUCACUUUAUCAUUGGAAUUUGAACUUGUAGGCAGGUUAGCUUGUUCUUAAUUUUUAAUUUUUUUCUAAUGUGUAGGAGUUAAAGCAAAUGACCAGGGAAAGAGCACUAGUUCCCAAAGAGGGUGCUUGUCAUUAUAAUUUGUUCUGUCAUUGGCAUUCCAAUACGCAUUUUUAAUUAUGUGCCAAAGAUUGAAGUUCUGCAUUGGAGGAAAAAUCCUCAAUUUGCAUCUUCAAAAUCUUGCCUAAUGGAGGAGUUGCAGCAGCCUCUGAUUAAUCCUCAGGCGCAUAUGUUUUGGUGUAAGCAUUCAUCUUAAGGAUGUCAUGUGAUCGAGAGGAAGGGACCACACCAAGUUAAAGGAAUAGAAAACUAUAGUCAACCACCACAUUCCAUAAAAAAAUGUUAAGAUUUUUGACUCUGAGUAUAAAUAUAAAGAAACAGCAGGAUAUAUAUGAUCACGAUUGAGCAUGGAAAUGCUACCUUCCUAUGCUGUCCCAAAUCGCUUAACUUUAUCGGUAUCUAAAAAAAUCUAUUGAAGUCUGCCUUGGCCAUGUUCAACAACUAAGCAUCUACAGCUCACUGCGGUAGAGAAUUCCAAAGAUGGCAGUGUAGAACCAAGAUGAGAAAUUUAUUCACUCAGGAUUGUGAAUCACUGAAAAUUUCUGCUACAAGAGGGGAUAGAGCAAGAAGAUAGAGUUGAGUAAGAAGAAGGUCAGACUGAUGUUAUUGAUUAGCGAAGCAGCUCAAAGGUCUGUAUCACCUUUUCCUCUGACAAACUAACUUAAUUAAACAUGUCUUGGGUUUUUUAGUCGCUUCUUGGUUCGUUUACUUAGCUGAUACAUGCAUUAAGUUCCUUUCUUGCUGUGUUACUUGCUUUAGAUGAUUUACUUUAAACAACUUUCAAUUUUCAAAUUGGUUAGCUAAAUUCUAGCAGUUAUGAGCAUUACAGCAAUAAUUCUGAACUUGACAGCAUUUAAACAAUUGUCUCCAAUGUGGACUGAAACCUCAUAUUGCACCAGUUCCUCCAAUAACUCAUCAAAUGUGUGAAAUGUUUAAUUAUGGGCAAAAUAUUCAUUUUUCCUUGGAUGAGCCCUUGGUGAAAAUAGAGUAUUAUCACUCUUCUCUCUCCUUAGCUGGAAGUCCUGACAUUGGUUUACAUCUUUUUGAGUUUGAUCUUUUGUUUUAUGUGGCUUAAUCUGGUCAGAGGUCGAUCAGUCAGGAAGUAUUUCAGUUGAAUUGAGGUGCGCUAUUCUGUUCAUAGUCUUGUGUUAAAAAUUGUUGCACCUUAUUUAUGGUAAAUGAUGCUUAGUGACCACAACCCAGGGCAAAAAUUGUACAUGACAUUCUACAUUAUCAACUACUACUGGUUCUACCUUUGCCACGCUGUGUCAAGUUUUGGACUUGUUCUGUCUGCAGAUCCUGAUCUGUCCAGCUUCCUGCCACUUUUUCUGAUAAAACGAAGGUCCCUGAUCACAAGCAAGUGAUAUUUCUGUUUAUACAAUAAAGUACAGUUUAGAUAUUUAACUGAACAAAAAAUCUCUAGGUCCAGUGUUUAUAUUAACAAUCUGUUAAAAUGGUUUCAGUAACUUAUUAAUUUGAAUAUUUGGGGAAUUUGUAAGUUGUACUUUGCCAGUUUGGGAUCUGAAAUUUUGGUUGACAUUAGCCUUGUUUUGUUGCAUGUAAGUUAUUGUCCACUUUGUACAUUUUUGGAAUGGAACAAAAAAACAAAUCUUUCCACUUGUAGAGAGGGUCAAAGAAGAUAAUGUGAGGGGGUGCUUAGUGAAUGGAUGGUGACUUUGCUGGUUGUAGACUGUAAAUGUUUGUACAUAGAUUCAGACAGGCUGAUAAAUCUGCAGAGGAAGAGAAUGCUAAAGGGAUGUUGAACUUCAGAUUAAAAACAAUAAGUGGUGAGCUGCUUGGCCAACUCCAGUGACCUUUGUUUUGCCACCACUCCUGACCCAUCAAGUUGUAAGCCAGUCUUUGCAUUUCGACGUGUAGAAAUCGAUUAUUGCAGAAACCAGUUUGAAUUUCCAUAGGCUACCAUCUCUUUUUUUCUUUCCACCCUCCUUACCCCUCACCACUCAACUUCACAGAGAGAUGCAUGAUCUCGUAGAUUCCCUUGAAAUAACAUUUAAAGCUAUUUGCUUUUGGAAGUGAAUUUAUAAAUUUAAUGAAAUAUUUUUCAACUGUCCUAUGUAGAUCGUUGAAAAUUCAAUUCCAUGAUUUGAAAGAUUAGAGUAGUAUCCCAGUAUUGGGGUGUAA